GCAGUUCUGCAGCACCUUCUCAGCUGAGACCGGCGGAAACUCCUCGAGCGGGAGUCGAGUGUUCUCAAAUUCCCAGUUUUCUUCAGACGUAGUAACCGAGCCGUCAAAUCAGCUCCUUAUUUGUCUAGUUCUUCGUUUCGUGUCACAAGCAUUUGCAGUCGCACAUAUUACAAUAAUGGCAGCUGAAGCAUGGGUUACAUUAGCAACAAAUGACUCAUAUGCUGUUGGAGCCUUGGUGCUCGCACAUUCUUUGAAGUCUGUUAAUUCUACAAGGCCGUUAGUUGUCAUGAUAACUGACCAAGUCAGCUCUGCAAUGAGGAAUAGACUUGGUGAAAUCUCUUGUCGUGUUCAAGAAGUAAAUGUCAUGGACUCCAAAGAUAGUGCCCAUCUAGCUCUACUUGCAAGACCUGAGCUUGGAAUCACCUUCACUAAGUUACACUGCUGGACAUUGACUGACUUCAGCAAAUGUGUGUUUUUGGAUGCAGAUACCCUGGUUAUCCAAAAUUGUGACGAGCUUUUCGAUAGAGAAGAAUUUUCGGCGGCUGCUGACGCUGGCUGGCCAGAUUGCUUCAACUCGGGUGUCUUCGUUUUUAGACCCUCGAUGGAGACAUAUGGCAAACUAGUAGAGUUCGCUGUCGCUGAAGGGAGCUUUGACGGUGGAGACCAGGGUUUGCUCAAUUCCUAUUUCGCAGACUGGGCUACUAAGGAUAUAAGUCGACGAUUGCCUUUCAUUUAUAAUAUGACUGCUUCCGCGUCCUAUUCUUACCGGCCGGCAUAUAAACAGUUUGGGAAGAAUGUGCGAAUUGUCCAUUUUAUUGGUUCACCCAAACCAUGGCAGGCGUCAGAGGCGUCGGCGUUCCAAAACCCAGUUCCUGGAGAUCAUAUCGCCCAUUGGUGGCGCAUUUUCAUCUGCAAUGUCUUGCCUCGCCUGUCUUCUGAUAUGUUCCCAAUUCUACGCCCUCAUAACCGAUCGAUUGAGCAGCUUAACGUUCCUCCCUCGCCCUCUUCUAAAGAAAAUAUUUGUUCGACCAGUAUUAACACUGAAAAUUUGACACUUGUUAACGUUGCCCUGGAGCAACCUUGGAACGCCGUGGACGUGAAGGAGGGGGUGACUGAAGCUGCACUCCUGAAUCAGUCGGACACUUUGACUUCAAACCUAGAAUCUCCCUCAGUAUCAACUUCAGACCUAGAAUUUGUCUCCAUCUCCACUUCAACUUUAAACCACUAUUCAUUCGCCCCAGUUCAAUUGACAUCAGACCUUCCUUUACCUAGUACUACCGUACCUAGACCUUCUUUUAUCGAAUCCGACUCAUUCGCUUCUGAUACCGACAGUGGUCAACCAGAACACACUGGAGUGGCUGCGCAGUUUUCGCAACUGGCUGUCAAGGAAGUACCAGAGCCAAUAACUGAUAACCAAGACGAGAAACCGUUGUUCAGCAGCCCACCGGAAGUCACGGUAGAAGCCACGGCGUCAGUGGACUCCGGUCCGAGUAGCCGGGAGGCAUGGGAACAAGGGUUUAUUGACUAUACUGGAAAGGAUUCGUUUGAUAACAUCAUGCAAAAAAUCAAAAAGACACUCGAAAGUAACAAGAAACCUUGAAUCGAACAAUACUUGAUGCAGAAGUUCAUCUAUUGUAAGAACGCUGGAAAAGCCAUACUUGCCGCCAACACUUUUAUUGCUUUUACUAACUUGUAUUUUGGCAGUUCUUCUCAGUCUGAUCUUGUUUGUUGAGCUUAAAUGUAGGGUCAACUGGGGAAUAUUUGUUGAUUUUUUCUGGUGGAGACUCUAUAUGAUAUACAUGGGUAUUUCUUUCCAAAUAUAAAUAUCAAAUGUUAACAUGUUCAAACUGUGAAAACUAAAUGAAAAUAAUGUAGUAUGGUAAAAACAAAUUUCCGUCGGCUGUAGUUAAAAAAACUAUUAUCUGGAAAUGUGUUACUAGUUGGUAAAUAAAAUAUAGCCUUAUAAUGUA